CUAAGGUGACGUCACCCCCGGUGCGAGCAGCCGGCAGGAUUGAAGUGAGCUCGCGAGGACAAUUCUCCUAUACUCUUUAAACAUUGUAUUUUAAACUGUUUGUGAAAAACGUGCAAACACCAUGCCUUUCGAUGUAAGGAGAUUGGACAUCUACAGGAAAGUGCCCAAGGACCUGACCCAGCCAACAUAUACAGGAGCUUUCAUCUCCAUCUGCUGCUGUGUCUUCAUGCUCUUCCUGUUCCUGUCUGAGCUCACAGGAUUCAUAGCCACAGAAAUAGUAAAUGAGCUCUAUGUAGAUGACCCUGAUAAGGACAGUGGAGGGAAGAUAGAUGUGAGUUUAAACAUCAGUUUGCCAAACUUGAACUGUGAUUUGGUUGGGCUCGACAUCCAGGACGAGAUGGGCCGCCAUGAGGUGGGCCAUAUUGACAACUCCAUGAAGGUGCCCCUGAACAAUGGCUACGGCUGCCGCUUUGAGGGCCGGUUCAGCAUCAACAAGGUCCCUGGCAACUUCCACGUGUCCACGCACAGUGCUACUGCCCAGCCCCAGAACCCAGACAUGACCCACACGAUCCACAAGCUCUCCUUUGGGGAGAACCUGCAGGAUGUCCAAGGGGCUUUCAAUGCACUGGGAGGAGCCAACAGACUAGAGUCUAACCCUCUGGCAUCGCACGACUACAUUUUGAAGAUAGUGCCCACUGUGUAUGAGGACAUGUCUGGAAGACAGAGGUUUUCUUACCAGUACACAGUUGCCAACAAGGAGUACGUGGCCUAUAGCCACACGGGCCGCAUCAUCCCUGCAAUAUGGUUCCGUUACGAUCUGAGCCCCAUUACCGUUAAGUACACCGAGAGGAGACAGCCCUUGUACCGCUUCAUUACCACUAUUUGCGCCAUCAUUGGCGGGACGUUCACGGUCGCCGGAAUCAUCGACUCCUGCAUCUUCACUGCCUCUGAAGCCUGGAAGAAAAUUCAGCUAGGAAAAAUGUCAUGAGCAUCUUGGAGGAGACGCCCAUGAGCUCGAUGCUGAUCGGUCUUAUUUAUGCUCGUGGGAUCUCGUGAGCCAAAUACACCAUGUUACUUUCUUUUUACCUCGGGCUGGGCAGGAUGGGAUGUGGGGAAUUUUAUUAUUUUUAUAGUCAUUUUAUAUUGUGUGUGUAUCUUUGGCUGUGAUCUUUUCGUCCUGACUUAUUCUUCCCAUCAGAACAGUUAAUUUGAGGGCAACUGUUGUUUCCAGAAAGAUGCCCCCCCCCCCCCCCCCGUGAGAACGAAGCUGUGCGGUUUGUGUUGCAUUACUUAGGCAUACACAGGUGAAGUUACUCCGCUUUCCAGUUGUUUUAGGGUACUGUCACACACUGUGUGUGAGCCCCCAUCCACGUUCUGGACUCUGGCAUCCUCUGUUUCCUCAUUUCCCUCGUUCUGUUCAGGGCCAGCGUGCGAGGAAGUGAGCGCUCCUCACAGAGCAGUGUCCCACAGCGCAUCUCCGUGCCUUAGCGUGUGAACCUGGCACUGAAUCCAUUAAUAAAAUGACUAAUACUUGUGGGCAGAGAUAUUUCAGAUGGGUUUCCGUGUAAGUCUUGUAUAUCUUGAUUUUUCAAAAAAAAAACCAAACACUUUGUAUGUUUAUGUUCGUCAUGUCACAAAACACAGGCGUACGGUCACUGAUGACAGUGUGGAGCUCAAAGGGACCACCGGCACAGUUUUGCUUUCCACGCUGGACCUCAGUGGCUCCCACCUUCCCUCUCGAAUAUUCACAUUCAAGCUUGAAGCACUUCUGAUUUUGGUGGCAGAAGGAAAGCUUAAUUUUAUUGUGCUUUCAUUUCUCCCCCCCGAGAUGAAAAUGCAGGGUUGUGUGUUGGGGCACGUUGCCUAGCAAUGGUGUUUAGGCAAGUGUAAAGAUAAGUGUUGCACACAGAGCCAUUUGUUUAAUUUCCAGUUACUUUGCACUUCUGCGUAUGGACUUAUGCUCAGUUGUACAGCGUUCCAUGCGAAACACUCCUGAAUAUGGAAUUAUCAUGAAUAUGAUUUUCGACACAAAUCUCGGUGUGGUGGUCCUUUACGUUUCUGUCCUCUGGUCAAUGCGUUUCCAGUGAAGGUCUCUGCUCGAUUGUUGGUCACUGACAGAGAACUUGUGCCGGAAGUGUACCUUCUAUCAAGUGUCACUGUACAGUACAGUGUUUCUGUAGUUCAGUCUGUGCAGCCCAAACAUUGUGAUGGUAUGAAGUGUAGAGAACAGUGUUCCAGUCUGUCAGCAUUUUAUGUUGAAUAAUAAACUCUAAUUUUAUUU